UAGCUUCCGGCUUGUGCUCCUCCUUCUGUUGUUGUUGUUAGCUUCACACUCAGGCUUUGUGAUGCUGUAGAGCUCAGCUGCUCUAAAAGAAACUCAACAAUGGAGCGGUACGACUCGGACACAGAGAGGGACGAGCAGGAGACACCGCUGCUUCACCGCGGACACGAAGACAGAGUGCAGAGAGCUCCAGUGUGCUGCUCAUCCCGCUAUGGCUUGGCGCUGCUCUCCUGUUAUGGUUUCUUUGUGGUUUACUCUCUGCGAGUGAACCUCAGUGUGGCGAUGGUGGACAUGCUUAACAACACGGAUCACUUCAGCACCAACCACAGUGGGUCAGUUUGUCCUGCUCAUGCCAGCCCUGCACGGCCCAAUCCCAACAACACGGCCAGUGUGUAUGACUGGGACUCUGAGACACAAGGCUGGAUCCUAGGCUCCUUCUUCUAUGGUUACAUCCUGACACAGAUCCCUGGGGGUUACCUAGCUGGCCGCCUGGGACCCAAGUGGCUGAUGGGCUUUGGAAUUCUGGGAACUGUAGUUUUUACACUGCUCACCCCUGUGGCUGCUGACCUGGGUGCAAGCUAUCUCAUUGCUGUCCGGGUGUUGGAGGGGGUAGGAGAGGGAGUCACGUUUCCUGCUAUGUACACAAUGUGGGCAGCAUGGGCUCCGCCGUUGGAGAGGAGUCGACUGCUCACAAUUUCUUACAUUGGUGCUCAGCUGGGAACAGUGGUAUCUCUUCCUCUGUCUGGUGAAAUCUGCUUCUACUUCGGCUGGACCUACGUCUUCUAUGUGUUUGGUAUUGUUGGCAUGGUGUGGUUCAUCCUGUGGAUUUUCCUCGUCUUUGACAGUCCAAACGCUCACCCACGAAUAUCAGAGCAGGAGAGGCUUUAUAUCACCUCCUCACUCAAGAACCAGCUGUCCCCAUCUACAGACUGCAUCCCCUGGCGAGCCAUCAUCACAUCCAGGCCGCUGUGGGCCAUCGUCGUGGCUCACUUCUCCUACAACUGGACCUUCUACACCCUCCUGACGCUGCUGCCCACCUACAUGAAUGAUGUGCUAGGAUUCAGUAUACAGCAAAAUGGUAUGCUGUCUGCUCUGCCGUACCUGGGCUGUGCAGUACUGGCUGUGCUGAGUGGACAGUUAGCUGAUUACCUGCGAGAAACCUGCCACUACCCCACAGUUACGGUCCGGAAAGUCGCCUCCAUUAUUGGCAUGAUUGGGCCAGCCGUGUUCCUGGUGGCAGCAGGUUACACAGGCUGUAACUACACUUUGGCUGUGACCUUUCUCACCAUCUCCUCAUCUCUGGGAGGAGUGUCAGCCUCUGGCUUCAACAUCAACCACCUCGACAUUGCCCCUUCAUAUGCUGGCAUUCUGCUGGGAAUCACCAACACCUUUGCCACCAUUCCUGGUAUGGUGGGACCAGUCAUCGCAAGAGCUCUCACUGAAAAGAACACCAUAGAAGAAUGGCAGACUGUCUUCUACAUUGCUGCCGCCAUCAACCUGAUCGGAGCGUCUUUCUACACCAUGUUCGGUCGAGGAACGCUGCAGCCGUGGGCCGUUCACACGACCUCUCACGGAGACUGAGCCAGAAGGUGAAGCGGGACUCGUCUGUGUGAUGAUUCAGAUCAGUCAGGAGGACAAAUCUCAGUCACAGGCUUACAUAACAGGUAAUUGUAGUGAGACGGACUCCAGUGGCACUGAUACGUUGUAAAGACAAGAGAUGAUCAGUCAUGACACAUUUAGGGAUACUUUUUCUUUUUUUUAAACUGUUUAUAGUGUGAAUGUGGAUGUUGACGUAUGAAUCUGCAGUCGCUGUGGUGAAAAGACCCGAUUGCACUUUUAAGUAAAGCAGAAAUGCUCUGGAGGCAAAAAUAAUAAUCAAAGCCAAAUAAACUGUGACACAAGAUGUACUAUCCAACAAUAGAAACAAGAAACUGGAGAUAGAGCUACAGCUGAUGAACGUAAUAUUUAAUAAUAAAUGGUGAGUAAGUGAUGAUUCUUCUCAAUACUAAAAUCAAUUUUCAAUAUGGAGAAAAAUCAUCACCUCGCCAUUAAGGCAGUUUUGGAAUUUCUUGGUCUUUAUGGAAGAAUAUUAAGUGACAGAAACCUUUCUUCCUGUGGAGGGCAGCAUUGCACCUCUGUGUGACGCUGUAGUUGGUCAACUGUUUCCAACCUCUUUGACUUAAAUGUAAUCACACCCUCCAGAGAAAUUCUGCUUUAUUUUUUAUUUUAUCUUCAAGUUUUACAAUCAUAGGAAAAGUCCACACUCUUUUUUUUUUCUUACACAUCUGUGUGUUUAGUUUGGGAUAACCCAAUGUGUGCUACUUCGCGACCCAUACAUAUGUGCCCAAAUGUGUUGUUUUUAAUUGUAUAAACACGUCAUCCCAAACUCGACACACACACUUGGUGGGAGAAGAGUGUAACUGCACAGCACGCACAAAUACUUAUUUGAGAUAAUGCCUUACAGCGAAGCCUGUAAAUCUCUUUCUGUCCGCGGAGAUUCUCAUUUAUCAGUGUCUGGAUGUUUCCGAGUGCUAUGCUAAGGCGACUGGACUCUCGGAGAGAUUCCUCCUGUCACCUGUCGCACAAAAGAGAAAAUCCUGCACUCGCAUUUAUCACUUCGUAUGGUGCGGUAACAGGAUUUUAUGUAUAAAUCAAUAUGGAUUGUAUCUGCAGGUUAUGUCCACCAGGCUCCUCUUUAGUAGCAGUGAUGAUCUAAUGUAAAUGGAGUCCGGGUCAAGAUAUUUCUAUCCAUCUAUAACACUAAGAAAAUGCUAAGAUUUUGGUGUCUUUCUAUGAUAGGGAAAGAAAAGUGGCUUUAAAAAGAGAUUGCUGGUGGACACAGCCACUUCACUUUCUGUGCUGCUAUUUCUCAGGUAUCUUGUGUCAUAAAGGGUCAGCUUUGUUUAUGUCUUACACCUCACACGUCGAAACUGUAUGUCAACUGAAUUAUUUUGUUUUAAAAUGAUUUUAUGAUGGCAUGCUUAACAAUGCUAGAAAAGUAGUAGUCAUUAUGAAAGCUCCCAGCAUCAGCUUUACAGAUUAAAUGUGAUUAAUCCGUUUGAAUUUGCGCCCUCAGGACACCUGAAUAUAAUACUAUAUGCAUGUUUACUCUAAAUAAUGUGGAAAAAGAUGAUCGAUUGAUGAUGUCUGGAUCCCACAAUUCCUUAUAAUCCCAGAUGAUGAUAAGGAAUUGUGGGAUCCAGACACGCUGUAGGUUGUCCAGUAAGUGAAAUUGCAUUCAAGUCUAGAACCUUACGUAAAGUUUCUUUACAUUACACCGUUCAUCCGCAAACAACACCCACUGUUGACUUCCAAAGUGCAAUUAAGAGUGUGCAUUAAUACACAAAACAUGAAUACAGAUUCACCCACCUCUACAUAUCUAUGUUCCAAUUAUAUCAGCUUGGUUCAGAAGCCUCCAGAAAAGAUGAACAAACUGUGUGACCUACUGUAAGCUCACAUUUAAUAAACAGUUAUGAAGAGUAGAGCCAUUAAAAUAAACAGUUUUCAGCCUACAAUGACCUUUAUAACAUUUCCAUUCGUUUUUUUUUUCUUUUCUGUAAUUUCACCACGUAGCACGAAAUGCACUUGUGCCUUAUUACAUUCAUUUUAAAGGGAUCAAAUAAUUCAGUCAGGUCUUUGAAAUUUUUUAAU